CCAUGAAACACGGAGAUGCUACCAGUGGCGUUUACACUGUUCAACCACGUGACCGCGGGCCGAUGGUCGACGUGUAUUGUGACGUCACCAACGAUGACGGCUGGCUCGUUAUUCAGCGACGGACCGACGGGUCGGAAGAUUUCUACAGAAAGUGGAAUGAAUACAGAGACGGAUUUGGAGAUUUGGAGAACGAAUUCUGGUUGGGCAAUACACAGAUUUAUCGCAUAACCAGCCAGGGUGUUUAUGAUCUGAGAAUCGACUUGGAAGACAUGGAAGGAAACACCAGAUUCGCGCUGUAUAAGAACUUCUCACUGGCUUCAGAGCAAGAUUCCUUCAGACCGAGUCUGGGCGAGUAUAGUGGGAACGCAGGUAACAGUCUUGCUGUGCACAAUGGACAGAAAUUCACUGCAAAAGACAGGGAUCUUGAUAUCUCACUGGGCAAUUGUGCGCAGAAAUUUAAAGGUGCCUGGUGGUACAAAAACUGUAUGGUAUCCAAUCUCAACGGACAGUACUUGGCAGGGAACCAUUCUUCGUUUGGAGAUGGAGUCAAUUGGAACGGUUGGCUAGGAAAGCGUUACUCUCUAAAGAGAACUGUAAUGAAGAUCCGACCCAUGAAGUUCUGACGUGGUCAUCAAGCGAACAGACAACCUACCUUCACAUAAACAACGAAUAUCAUCCAGUGAGCAGACAACCUACUUUUACAUAAACCACGAACAUCAUCCAGUGAGCAAACAACUUUAUGUUCACAGAAACAACAAACAUUCACAAAAAACAAGAACAUCAUCCAGUGAGCCGACAACCUAUCUUCAUAGACAACACCAACAUCAUUCAUUGAGCAGAUAACCUACAUUUACAAAAAACACGAACAUACACAGAAACCACGAACUUCAUCCAUUGAGCAGACAACCUCCCUUCACAGAAACCACGAACAUUCACAGAAACCACUAAUAUUCACAGAAACCACGAACAUAAUCCAUUGAGCAGAUAACCUACCUUUACAAAAACCACGAACCUUCACAGAAACUACGAACGUCAUCCAGUGAGCAGAUAACCUACCUUUACAGAAACCAAGAAGAUUCACAGAAACCACUAAUAUUCACAGAAACCACGAACAUCAUCCAUUGAGCAGACAACGUACAUUCACAGAAACUACGAACAUCGUGCAUCUGAACGAAAAAAGAAGGAAAUGUUUUGUUUAACGGCGCACUCAACACAUUCUAUAUACUUACGGUUAUAUGGCGUCAGACAUAUGGUUAAGGACCACACAAAUAUUGAGAGAGGAAACCCG